GCAUAAGCAUAUAAACCAAACGAUGGGGAUAUCUACUGAUGAAGUUACUAGGUUAUUAUAAAGAGUUCAGUCGGAGGGUUCGUCGACUCCCGUUUGAUAAAAGGACCCUUGAUCUACUACAAGCCAAAACCAAAAAUGAGUUCACUAACCUGAAUGAUGGACUCUUUUCUUAUUCAAGUAUAGACAUCAAUAAAUAUAAUAAAUAUGCUAAAAUUUUUGAUAAGUUUUUGGUUGAUGAAAAUUACGAUGCAUUGCACGAUAUCCUUGACUUGGCUUAUAAGAAUGAACCACUUUGGGUCCAACAAUUUCAACAAAUCAAUUAUUUGUCAUUCAAGAAUAGUUGGCCCCAAGUUCAUUUGGUUCACGAAUUUGGUAGUAAACAAAGCAUCAACAAGUAUGAUGAACAAUUGGCAUACUUUCAAAGCAAAAAGCCUCAACUUGAUUUAUUUGGAUACUUCAACAUUGAUAGAAAAUCAUUAGCAAAAGAUCGAAUAAGACCAUUCUCGAGAACCAUUGAGAAUGAAUCAUCCGUGGAAGAACUUAUUUCAAAAGCAAGGAAACUAUUCAAGUUUGUUGAGCAGAAUAAGCAUAUACUAUGCCAUUAUGUUCUUAGGGAUUUUGAAGUCGUUUAUGAGCCAACCAAGUUCGGAUUACCUGGUAAUGAUAUUAAAAGGGAUAAAGAAUUGAAAUCGACAAUCAAUUAUAUCAAG